AUGGUUUUCCUCCGCCAGGUCGCGCGUUCAGCGCGCUGCAUCCGCCACACUGCCCCCACGACCACGCGAAGCUUUUCAUUGACCACCCGACGACAAGCUGGCGGCGGCCAGCAGUGGGAUCCCCCUACCGGCUGGCUCUGGGGAAUCAAGCCCGGCGAGAAGGCUGAGCCUGAGGGAUGGGAGUGGCCCAUGUACAUCUUCUGCGGUGCUCUCGCCGCCGCCACAGUCGCCCUUGCAUUCAAGCCUGAUACGACCGUCUCUACCUGGGCUCUCGAGGAAGCACGACGGAGGUUAGAGGCCGAGGGUAUCCUGCCCGACCCUUACCCUAACGGCGAGAAGAAGGAGUAG